AUGCUGACUGUUUACGCAGGUCACCGAGAGUUCAACACCACCUCCAAACUCAACGCCGGCAUCUUUCUCGAAGGCCUAGCCAACUCCCUUCACUCUGAAGGCAUGCACCUAACCUUCGACUACUUCAACCUACACCGGUUCUGCUGGAUGCUCCUCCGCAGUGUCAAAGAUGCUUGUGCGGACUCCAUGCGUCAAAUCUUUGGGCCUGCUUACCUCGAGCGUGAGAAUCAGUUGCCAUCUGUGGUGGGCUAUCUGUUCAUGUGUGCUUUCUCUGCAGACAAGGUUGAUAAGGACGAGGGCGUGGAGGCGAGGAGUGAAAUCUUGCUUCAAGCCGUGGGCGCGCUAGAGAGCAAGAUCGAGACUGGAGCUGGAAGUGUUCAUGCGAAGAUCAUGGAGGAGUACUAUAAUUAUGCUGUGGAUUGGGAUGACUUUGAGCAGCUCGCGGCAUAG